AAAGGCAUCAUUUUUUCUUAGUGUGUUCAAAGGAAUCGCAACUUAGUUAAAUCAUUAAUUCUUAACUAUUAACUAAAAUUAAUUAACUAAAUUAAUUAACUAAAUUCACAUUCAUUACCUAAUGAAAGUCCCUAAAGUUACCAGUAUACUUUUAGUAGUUCUUGUAUCUUUAACAUUUCUUAAUUUUGUACUAAAAUAUUAUACAUAUUUUGUAUUAAUUGUAUCAUCAUCAAAACAAAAGGCUGAUGAAGUUAAUGCAAUAGCUCAAGAAACUGGUGAAGUACCUCAUCCUCAUGAAUUAUAUGUACCAUUAUUAACAUUUAUUCCAACCAAAUCUUCAGUAUUAUUACGACCUUGGGUUAUAAUUACUAGUAGCUUUAUAGAAGAAAAUUUUAUUGGACUUACAACAAGUUUCUUAUUAUUAUUUUAUCUUGGUAAAUAUCUUGAAAAUUUAUGGGGACCAGAAGAAUUUAGUAAAUUUAUAUUUACAAAUAUUAUUGCAUCUAAUAUUAUAAUAUAUUUAUAUUAUAAUUUAAAAUCAAUAAUAUUAUUUAAUUCAGAAAUUGAAGUACCACCAGUUGUUUUAUCAGCUAUGGCAAUUAAUAUGGGAUUAUUUGUAGCAAUUAAACAAAGAAUUUCAAAUCAUUAUUUUAUAUUCUUUAAGGGAAAUUUAAGAAUUAAAGUUACAUUCUUACCAUUUAUAUUAUUGGUUAUAUGUUUUAUAUUACAAUUAUUAAGUGAAGAAUUUUAUAUAUCAUUUAUUUUAAGUAAUUUGGGAUUUAUAAUAAGUUGGAUUUAUUUAAGAUUUUUUAAAUCAGGAACUAAUGAUAGACAAUCAUAUAUUUUACCAUUUGCACUUAAUAGAAGAAGGAGUAAAAUGGUUAAACCACAAUUUAAUGAAGUUCUUAUAAUUCAUAAUGGAAAUUCUUUACAUAAUGAAUCUCAAUCUCAAUCAUCACAUUCACAAUCUCAAUCUCAAUCUCAUUCUCAAUCUCAUUCUCAAUCUCAUUCUCAUUCUCAACCACCAAUUCAAUUAGAAAGUGGAUUAAUUAAAGGUGAUAGAUCAGAACAAUUUUCUUUAUAUACAUUUUUCCCAUCCCCAAUUUCAAUAUUUAUUAAAUUUAUGAGUAAUUUAGUAUUUACUACAUUGGUUAAUCAUCAAUUAAUUGAUGCUAAUAAUUUUAUUAAUUAUGAUGAAGAAGAUGAUAAUGAAUUAAUGUUUGAAGAUGUGGAUAAUUUACAAACUGGUUUAUUUGAUUUAUCUCCAUUAAAGGGAGCAGGAAAUGUAUCAGCCAUUCCCAAUGCAAGUUCAACUAUAAAUAAAAUUUGGGAUUGGGCAUGGACUAAACAAGUAACUACAAAACCUUUCAGCAUUAAAACUAGCAUGGAUAAAAGGCGAAAAUUAGCUUUACGAGAAUUGGAAUAAAUCUUUUCUAUAUGUAUAUAAACAAUAAUAAUAAAUA